UCAGAGUCACUAAGUUUGAGUUCCAGUGAACAAUUGUCAAGCUUGCAUGGUAUACGUUUCCCUGUGACAAGGAGACAUUUCGUCUUCGCAGCGUUUGUAACCAUUUUGUUGGUAGCCGACCAUCGUGAGACGUCAUUACUUCUACCCCAAAGAUAGCAUCUUCACGUUGGUUUUGUCUAUAACAAUUGCUUUGGACUGUUUUUAGCUACAAGUUUUCUGUUUUGAAAAGUUCUCAACUUGUAUCUAACGUUUGCCGUUUGCCAUAAACCUCAUUCUAAAUCUCUCUAAUAUAAUCCGACAAUUUAAAUAAGAUAGUUUUGGGGGUGUGAUUAAUUGCCCAGCGAACUUGUACAAAAACUAUGUGAAAGAAAAGAGUAACGAAUCACGUACGUGAAUCAUCAUCACUCGUUUGCCCACCAGCACCAGUCCCAUUGCCAGGGCCCACGAAAGAUGACACAGCUGAUGAUAUUUGCCGAGUCGAUGAUGGCGCUAUAACCUGUGACAGAGAUGGUGCUGUGACAUGUGAAACGGAUUGUGACGUUGAUACUGACGUCGACUGUGUCAUCCAUGUCGAGGCAGACACUGAAGUUGACACCAAAACUGACGAUGAUGGCAACAUUGACGCUGAAGCAGAUGCUGAAUUAGACUUUGUGGCUGAUGCAGAUGGGAACAUUGACACUGUUGUUGACAUUGACUGCGACAUUGAUGUUGAGGUAGACACUGAUGUUGAUGGUGAAGUCGACGAUGAAUCAGAAGUCGAGACUGACGUAGAUAGCGCCACUGAUGUUGACCCUGACGGCGACAUUGAUGGUGACGUAGAAUGUGACAUCGAUGUUGAGGAAGGCAAUGAUAUUGACACCGAAAUUGAAGUUGAUGUGGACAUUGAUGGUGAAGUCGAAGCUGAAUCAGAAGUCGAGACUGACCUACAUAGCCACACUGAUGUUGACACUGACGGCGACAUUGAAGGUGACAUCGAUGUUGAGGAAGGCAAUGAUAUUGACGCCGAGGCUAAGACCGAAGGUAACGUGGACGGCGGAGCUGAAGCAAGAAUAGAAGUAAAUUCCAUGAAUGCUUAUUCUUAACCUUGGGAUUCAAAUUUCAAAACUAAAUUCUAGCCUCAAAAGGUCUCAUAUUUCUUUUACAACACCUUAAAAUCCCUGUCGGUAUGUCCGGCAGAUAAGAUCUCCCCUGAGAUGAAAACGGGCAUGGGGAACGACAUUACAUGCAACGGCUAUGGAAACCACUAUAUAGGAGACACAGCUUGUUGAUUGCUACUGCUAUAAUGUAAUCCACUAACCUACCAGUUUACAAGAAGAGGGCGAUAAAUUACUGCACAAAUAAUUUGAACCUGUUAGAUUUAGAAUUGAACAUUUAACGUCAUCAGAAAUAGAUUUUCUGAUGACCAAUUUUCUGCACCACGAUUGUGCUGUUGCAGAUUCUUGUUUGAAGCAAGCCCCGGUUCAGACGCGGAACAUUUCAUGAGCCGAACCAAAUACACUGAAUGAAAUACAUGAAAAGUUCGGCGUCUGAAACAAUAAGGAACGGCUCAGCUGUUCUACCUGCCUAGCCCGACCGGGAAUUUCGACUUUGGAGCGACUUUGUAAUGGCUUUGAUUCAGACGAAUGCCGAAAUUCUCAUGUGCCGAACCUACUGCAUAAGUUAUCGUAACGUAUUUUGCAAAAAAAGGAGUGAAAAUAAGUAGUUUUCUCGUUUUGAAUUUAGUUCAGGUUGAAUUAAAAUGGGCGUCUAAAUCAAUUUACCCGUUGUAAAUAAUUUGGGUCGUCUUUUAAUUUGAAUUAGUUUUGGCUCAUGAAAAGUUCAACGUCUUAACCGGGCCUAAAGCUCCGUACAAACGGAAGCAACAUUGUUGGCUAACAACUCCCAGCAUUGUCAGUUAUUGCAUGUUGCAUCCGUUUGCACACCCUGUUGCGUCUUGUUGGGAGUUGCUUCGCAGAGUUUGAAACGGUUCAACCUUUUAGCUACGUGCAAACAGAUGCAACAACUCCCAACAAUGUUGGCCAACAAUGAUGCGUCCGUUUUUACGGGGCUUAACUAAUCGUGAAUUAAUGUAUUAACAGUAGCCUCACUUCUAGCUAGGGAUGAAUAUAUAUAUUAUAGAGCUGAUAUUAACAAUAGUACCCCAAUUAACCUGGAUUUUUGUUCAGGUUUUAGGAAUUAUAAUCAAAAUAUCAUAAUAUAUUUCUUCGUUGGAGUACUUACGCUCAUCAUCUACAAUUACAACUGUUGUAUUAGCUGGAUCUGCAAUGGGGUUGCCGCAGGGGGGUUGACCGUCCAAAAGUGAGAAUAUGAACAUCAUUGUUUCGUUUCCUUCAAACACAUCAUCGUCUGUAAUACCGAGAGUGACAGUAAAUCGUUUCAACGAGAAGUCGGUUUGAAGAGUUAUGAGUGCAUUUAGCGGUUGAUAGUCUGAAUUGGCCGUGGCUGUUAUGUCCACCGUAAUUCCACUGAAAAAAAGGAAAGAAUCUGUUUGUAGAUUAAAAAAAGCUGUUGUUUUAUAGUCUAAGAACCAUAGCUACGGCUUGUAGAUUACACUUUUACAAGUUUUGUUAGAUUGACCCAUGAUUACCAAAUAGAUUGUUCAUCAGUGCGAGAGCGAAGAAAACUAAUUGAUCUUUCACUUUUUAUAAGAUCCGGAAAAAUUUAGUUGCUUUGCCGUUUCCUAGUGAGUUCUCUCUCUUAACACCUCAUAUACCAGGAAGUCCCAUAGAUGUCAUACAACCUUUUACCCGCUUUUGUUGAUUCGGAUUGCAAUAGAACCCAGAUCAUAAGAAGUUUUCAUAUUUAUGUCACACAGUUGUGGUAACCUUUUUCCCAUAUCUUUACUCAUGCCGACGUAGUUAAUGCUCAAACAUGGGAGGUAUCUCCCCAAAAAAAUCCAGUCGAGCCACCUUAAAUAUGUUCCUCGCACCUUUACAACCCUAAAGGCUGGUAUCAUAUUCAAAAAGACUUGUUCAGCACUUCUAACAUCAACGAUUAAGCAAAAAUUCUGCCGUAUAGUAAGACAAAACAGCGGUGAUGAUGAUGAUGAUGAUGAUGAUGAUGAUGAUGAUGGUGGUGUUGAUUGUAAUUGCGAUAUUAACGAUGAUGAUGGUGCUUUGUUCUGGCUAAAGUUUUAAUUUGAAUUCCCAAAUGGUAAGUAAUUUUCUCACCUCAGAAAAACGGUAGUGUUUAUAUUAUCAGUAUGAUUGAGAGAAAGUUCAAGAGAAUAUUGAGCAGUUCCUGCAUCCUCACUUGCUACUAUUUGCGAAGGAGCUUGAAAGUGGAAAAGAGCGCCUGAAAAAAACAAUAACAAUAACAGUAUUAUUAUUAUUACUAUUAUUAUCAUCAUCAUUAUUAUUAUUAAAUGUAGCGAUUACCAUUAAGAAAGGGCACCCAUCUGAAGAACUAAAAGUUAUCCAAGCGCGGUAAAUUCUCGCGUGCUGCAUUAGAAUUUGAUGUUGUGCUAAACUCGAGACAAUAGGAAAUCCCUGCAGAGCAAGACAUUAUCCAAAUCUAUCACAUCACUUCAAUAUUUACUCUGAGUCAAUUUUGCGCCUUCGUUAGGCAACUUAAAAUGUUUCAGUUGUUACGAAAAUCGGGCAUUCUAUCGUACACUAAUCAAUUGCACCACUGAAAUUUUAGAUAAAUCGCUGUUUUCCUGAAAGUAGCCUUAGAAAUUACCAAAAGAGCUCAGCAUUACGUUUUACCCCGAUUCAUUUGUUUUCGUGUCUUUCGAAAUCGCGCUAGUCUGCUUGCGUUUAGCCGAUUGUAGAGUGUAUGAGGAUCAUUUUCAAAACGAAUGAACGAGAAAACCUUGCCAGAAAGAUUAAAAAAUUAGGAAAUUUGUCUGCAUUAAUAAGUCCAGUCUUCAAUUCAUGCAUAAUUUACAGGGUGUUCCAAAAGUUCGUUCCUCUACUUUAUAAGUCUGUAACGCAGUACGAUUGAACUUGAUCAGCACAUAAUUUAAACCCAAGAUCUGACUUUCAAUCUAAUUUAAUAUUUCAUAAUUUUUGUGCCAUCUUUUUACUCGAAAUUCGAUUUGUGUAAUUUCGCGCCAAAAGUGCUCUGCCCGAGUAAAUUUUCCCGCCAUAUAUUUUUUGCAUUUUGUAGCCCGAAAUGCUCGAACUCCUAACUUUUUUUGUGUGAAUAUCCUGAAAGAUUAAGCUCUCUCAACGAAAAAACACUCAGCUACGUGCAAGCAGAAGCAUGUAUUUCUAUCUACUGGCUUAUCAGUUAAACAAAAUCCUAAAAAAAUGGAAAAAUCCGAAUGUUGGGUGGUAAGAUGGUCGUAGAGGAAUGAAGGUUUUACAGACAAGAAAGAGGGGUAAGACCAAAAGACCUGAAUAAAACCGCCUAAAAUAGUUUUAAAAAAGGCCACGUACGAAACAGGAAACCCACCGAGAUAGCUCUUACAACAGUUAGCAAGUUAAGCCUGGAGCAGGUCCAUGAAAAGCAAAGUUUUGAGACCCCUGAGAUGGCCAAAAAAAACUUUACUCCCGGCCAGGGCCGUCCGCCAAGCAACGUUCAGCUCGUCUCAAAUUUGUAAAGCAGAACAAAAGCCUUACUGUGGAAAGGGGACGGAAUGAUCAUCUCUUCUUGGAUCAAUGCCCAAAAUAUAUUGUUUCAGCUGCCUAAUGUAAAAAAUUAUAUUGGUUGGGGGCCGAAGUGACUUCUGCAUACUAGGUGAUAGAAAAGCUUAAAAUGAAUCAUCUAGGGCUCUACAUGCUUCAUGGCUUAUUUCACUUAAUGUCGCAACGGCUACAGAGUGUGAUAAAAAAACAAAGGGGGGAUGGCGGUAACUGAACUUCUGAACACAUGUACUCGAUAGAGUAAUAAGAAACAUAUUCUAGAAACUUCAUGUAAAAAUGAAGUUUUGAUCAAAAGUUAUAGCACAUGAAAUUAGAGGAACGAACUUUUGGGACACCCUCUAUACCCUUUUUAAGAAAUGCCAAGAUAUCUCGAAAUUCCUGUAAUAGAUUUCUGUGAAACUUCGCAUAACGGAAGGCAAGCAUCCAGAGUAUCCGCAGCGUAAAGCAUUUCCAAAGUUCAGGUCGAUAAGGGCUGAAAUUUGAUUUAAAGCCAAAACUAUUGUGACGUCAUUGCCACGUGAUAUUUCUUCGAUCGCCCAAAAAAUAAUAUCAUAAAAAAAGUUUAUGGUUUUACCAUUAAAGAUCAAUUUGUUUAGGUACAUGUAUAAGAGAUUCAGAGAUGGAAGGUGUCGCCACAAAAUUAUUGUAUCGAGCCACCUUUCGCUUUUAAAUGGAUAAGUUUAUACUGAGAAGAUUUGUUAUCUCAUUGUUUGAAGCUCUUUUAGCGAUCAAAUUAAAAACUGGGCCCAGAAAUAUCAUGAAACUGUUUAGCGGUUUGGAAUAUAAAAAAGAUUAAAUUCUCUUUGAAUGCAAGUGAAGUAUUCUAUUUUGUGCGUAAAUAAUGUUGUUUUGUUGUGCUUUUAAAAUAAAUUCAGCUUGUUCAAGAACUUCUGUCUUCAGUUUUGCCGUUCGACCCCGUGACAUACAUUAUGAGAAACAUAACUUUUUGUUAAAAUCUGCAUUUAUUGCCAGGCAUGAAACCCGUAAUUUCAAGCUCCCCUUAAGCUCCCUGAGAUAUGUUGAACGAUUAUGUGAAUGGUGCAGUGAAUGAAAAUCAUGUCACGAUUAUGUGAAUAAAUAUCAGUCACGGCGGGCAUGCCUAGCCCGUGUACAACUGCCCCCUUCCCCUCAGAAAAAAUCGACGAAGGGCGUCUGUGAUUCACCGUUUCCGCCGACCAAAAUUCCGUAGCACAUGUUUCAUAUCAUUCCAGUUCUCAUAAUACCGGUGCAUGCGACUUAUUUCCAACGAGCAAUUGAGCUAGAGAGGAAUUUUCAAAAUCGCUUUACUCUAUACGGAGCGAGACAAUUGUUCACAGCGUGGAAUCUGGAAUUCAAGACCGUCUUGCCUUACCCCUUACUUGGAGCGAUAAGUGUUUAGGUCUCCAAUGCUUUCACAACGUUUUAUCACAAUCAAUGAGACUGUUUUCCAGGAAAGGACAGGACAAAGCUACAUGUUAUUGUAAACGUUAUUCAGAGCACACGUUUCAAAUCACAUAUGCAGUGUAAUAAUUUGCAGAAGAGAUUUGGUUAUUCCCAAGAACCGGACAACAAAUGUUGAUUAUGGUGCUUAUAUACAGGUCCUGUCAAAAAGCUAACUCCAGUGAUAUUCGUACCCGAGAUACUUGCAGAAUGGCACGGUGGUUUGGAAAUAUACAUUUACCUUGCUAAAUAUUAA